UCUCGCUCUCUCCAUAUUUUCUCAGUAAUCUUUAACUUCAUCAUGCGUUUCGUCCAAAUCAGAUUUCUUUAUUGAGGAAUAGUCGUUUCAAUUUCAUCAUUUUCCGAGGAAUUAGAUUUGAGUUCUAUUCACGAAAUGGCAUCUGGGUUCUCCGGAGGAGGUGGGCCGGAGUUUUUCGCCGGCGGCGGACGAUCCAUGAACUCUGGCAACAAUAACAACAGCAACAAUCCUCCGAUACCUCAUCCAUCGUACAGGAACCAGCUCCCCGGGAUUUUCUUCGACCAGAUCGGAAACAUGAAUUCCGGCGGACAUGGGUUAGCCGGGAAACGCACUCUGGCAGAUUUUCAGGCGGCGCAAUUCCAGAAUCCGGCGGCUCUCAACGCGCUUCUUCUGCGCUCCGUCAAGCCCAGAACUUUCCAGAACCUUCCGUCGCCGAUAUCGCCUUUGCUCGAUCUCACUGCGAAUGAUAUCAAUUUGUUGGGCGGUUCGUCAUCGUCGACUCAGCGGUUUGGGUUACCGAUCCUUCCGCAUGUCAGAUCGCAUCAUAUGUCUCAGACGCCGCAACCUGGUUUGGGUCUUUGCGGCGUUGGGGCACGAAUGGGAUUCGGGUCGGGUAAUAAUACAGCGUUGCAGGGUGUUCCGUGUGUUGACUCAGUUCAGAACCGAGCUCAGCCGAGUCAAGAUUCGGAGAAGAUGAUGAGCAGAUUGAAAGAGCUCGAGAAACGGCUUUUGGACGAUGACGGCGAUGGACAAGGUGACGAUGAUGAUGUCUCCGUUAUUACCAAUGCGAACAGCGAAUGGUCGGAGACAAUACAAUGCCUGGUGAACCCGGUGAUGAGCCCGAGCCCGACUCCGACUCCGACUCCGAACCCGGUUACGUCUUCUCCGAGCUGCUCGUCUUCAUCGUCUUCAUCUUCGCCGUCUGCAGCUUCGCCCAUGUCGCUCUGCCCAAGACAAACAAUAAUGGAAAUCGCGACGGCCAUCUCCGAAGGGAAGACGGACAUAGCGGCGGAGAUCCUCGCUCGUGUGACUCAAACGCCGAAUCCAAAGGCGAAUUCCGAGCAGAAGGUCACGGCGUUCAUGUUAUCGGCGCUUAGAUCGCGGCUCAACCCAGCGGGAAACCCUGCUCCGGCGUCGGAACUGUACGGAAAUCAGCAUCUGGGCUCGAUCCAGUUGCUCUACGAGCUGUCUCCUUGUUUCAAGCUCGGUUUCAUGGCCGCGAAUCUCUCCAUCCUCGAAGCAACGCUUGGCUCCGCCGACGCCGUUGGUAGCGACGGGCUCCUCCACGUUGUCGAUUUCGACGUCGGACAAGGCGGACAGUACGUGAACCUCCUCCACGAGCUCUCCACGCGCCGGAACGGUAAGGUUCCUCUGGUGGUUAAGAUCACGGCCGUGGUGGAUAAAGGCGACGGCUCUGCUGUCUCAAGUGGCGGGGAAGAGAGGCUGAAUUCCGUCGGAGAUUUUCUGAGACAACUCGGUGAACGACUCGGUAUCACCCUGAGGUUCAACGUGGUGUCGAGUGUGAGACUCGGCAAUCUGAGUCGCGAGUCACUCGGGUGCGACCCGGACGAGCCACUCGCCGUGAACUUGGCCUUCAAGCUCUGCCGAGUCCCCGACGAGAGCGUGUGUACAGAGAACCCGAGGGACGAGCUCCUCCGGCGCGUGAAGGCACUCGCGCCGCGCGUGGUCACGCUCGUGGAGCAAGAGUUGAACGCCAACACGGCGCCGUUUUUGGCGCGCGUGAGCAAAGCGGGCGGUUACUACGGGGCUUUACUCGAGUCUGUCGAGUCAACCGUUCCGAGCUCUAACUCGGACCGAGUGAUGGUAGAGGCAGGGCUGAGUCGUAAGCUAGUUAACGCGGUGGCUAGCGAGGGCGUUAACCGGAUCGAGCGGUGUGAGGUGUUCGGAAAAUGGAGGCUUCGGAUGGGUAUGGCCGGGUUCGAGUUGAUGCCACUGAGUCAGACGAUAGCAGAGUCGUUGCGGAGUCGACUCAGUAACGGAAACCGAGUCCAUCCGGGCUUCACCGUUAAGGAAGAUAACGGAGGGGUGAGUUUUGCUUGGAUGGGUCGGACCCUCGCUGUCGCAUCUACUUGGCGUUAACUUCACACACUCUUUACCUUUUCUAUUAUAUUAUUGUUAUCUUAGUAUUAAUUUUGAGAUUUUUAUUAUUGUAAUUUCAGUUGCUAAGCCUAUUAAUUUGUUAACAAAGAUUAAAAGAAAUUUAUAUU